AACAUUCUUGUAAAGCAUUCACCAAUGGUUGGUCCAGAACUUAGAUGAGUGCCCAUGACCUGCCUCUUAUAUAUAAUUGACCUUAUGAAAACAAGUGGUUAAAACCCAAAAAAGACAUUUCUGGUAGAUGAAAGAAGGUUUCUACUCUGAAUUGGUCUUCUUCUCAAGAACAUGACAUUGGAAGGAUCGUAAUAGGGUCACAUUACGUUUGAUCUCAUUACCCAGGUGGAUACAUAAUUUCGAGGGACCUUUGAGCAGGAAAGGGCUGAGUUUCAUGUUUCAGCAUGGUUGGAACAGAUUUUUGCAAGCAUGUUCAGAAAUUUCAGGAGGGUCUUCGUUGGUUAAGCUACUCAAAAGAAACUGCAAAACUCACGGAAUGGAUGACAGCAUUCUUGAAAUUGUGGGGGCAGAAAUCAUAGGAAUUACAGUCCCUGUAUCAAUAUGCAUGUUACUGGUUGUCCUUUUAGUCCGCAGCAUCAAUCCUCAAGGGGAGUCAGUUUCUUCUAUACAGACUGCAGCUACUCUUGUUUACCAGGAGAAGUCCUCUGAUUCCACCACAGAAAAAUUUGAAGGGGCUCUAUUAAAUGCUGCAGUAUUCGUUGUCCUUAUAACUGGAGUCACAUUCCUUCUUGUAUUGCUUUACUACUACAGAUGUAUGAGGUUUCUCAAGGGUUAUAUGUGUUUUUCUGCAUUUUUGGUCCUGGCUUAUAUGGGAGGAUCCAUUUUUAUUAAAAUAAUCCAGUCCUGGUCAAUACCUAUUGAUAUCAUCUCAUUCUCAAUCUUUCUGUUCAAUUUCACUGUAGUGGGUGUGCUUGCAGUUUUCAGUGAAGGGAUUCCAAUUGUUAUCACACAGAGUUAUAUGGUGAUGUUGGGUAUAUCUGUGGCUUAUUGGUUCAGUAUGCUUCCUGAAUGGACUACCUGGGUGCUCUUAGUAGCUUUGGCAGUUUAUGAUUUGGUUGCUGUUUUGGCUCCAGGCGGUCCUCUUAAUUUGCUUGUAGAUCUUGCUUCAAGAAGGGAUGAACAACUUCCUGCUUUGAUUUAUGAGGCCCAGCCAGCUGUUGUACGCCGAAGGAGGUCUAGUAGUUCUCCUCAACAUGGCUCCAUUCGUUCUAGCUUGCAUUUCUCUGGAGAGCAAGAACAAUUUUCAACUAGACAUGGCAGAUCAGAGGCUUUAAUAACACCAUCCAUGGAACUUCAACCCUGGAAUUCUUCAUCUCAAACAAGAAGUCAUAUACAAGCACCCACCCAAGAAACAACACCGAGACAAACUCUCAAUGUUGAAAAUGGAAAUUCUGAGGUAUUAACAUUAAUAAGCAAUGUACAUCAGGCUAUCUUCUCAUCGUCUGAGGAUGGAUUUGAUAAUGAAUUUUCAACAGUGCCUGUUACUGAAAGUUCGUCAUUUCCAGAAAUUUCUCCUGCUGAAGAGACCUUUGACCGGGAAAACAACAUGAUUGAUGAAGAAUCCAUACCUUUGGUUAACCAUACAAAUGGAUCAGAAGUAAUGACAGAGAAUGGUGCUAUAGACGAGGUGGAUAUGAUUGGGGUGACAACAGGAGGAGCAGAGGAAAGAGUUCUAAUCUCUGCUUCAAGAGGCAUUAAGUUGGGCCUAGGAGAUUUUGUGUUUUAUAGUGUUCUUGUCGGAAGAGCUGCUAUGUAUGAUUUGCUGACAGUUUAUGCUUGCUAUCUAGCUAUAAUUUCUGGGCUUGGAUGUACACUUGGUCUCUUGGCUGUUUAUCGGCGUGCUCUUCCUGCUCUUCCUAUCUCAAUUUCACUUGGGGUUAUGUUUUACUUUCUUACUCGUCUACUUAUGGAGCCUCUAGUGGUUGGACUUUCUACAAAUCUUAUGAUGUUUUGAUGUAUUUUCCAGCAAGAGAAAGGAGCUGAACUUUUGAGGCAGCAGAAAAGAUUAAGCAGAUGUGACAAGUUUUGCCAGAACCGAUCCAUAUUACUUUUAACUUCUGUUUCUCCAUUGUCUGCUAAUGCACUUGCAAGCUUGCAUUAUACUUCCAAUUUUGUUUGCUGCACAACAUAAUUGAGCAAUAAGUUAUGUGUCCAAGAUUGAUAUUGUCAAUACACACAGGGGUUAGAGUUGUAUGCCCCUUUUAUCAAGCAAACAGAUGCGGAGAAAACAAAUUGCCCUAAUACAAUGAAGGGAAAGGAGCAAAAGGUCACCUGCAAUAUUGAUAUAUGAAUUUGUUCCAAGAUAUCAUUCCCCAAGAAUAGCAAAGCACAUGAUGGCUUUAACUGUUGAUUUUGAAAAACUGGGUAUCUUAUCGGCACUAUCUCAUAUUGACUAUUAUUACCAACGAGUAUUUAGUGCUGCAGGUUAAUAUGAUGAUUAUUGAUUUUAGUA